CAGACACUGUGCACUGACACACACACACACACACACACACACACACUCUGCUCUUGCAGGCAGAAGCACUCUGCAGGCAUUAUUUCUGCACUGGAGCAAAAUCUUGAUGUAGCUUUCCUCUGAGUGAGAGUUUUGGCUUUGCUAAAAUAGUUUUAAUCGCUAAAGGAGUUGACGGCGUGUUUGUGUGGAAGUUUGCUAAUUGGUGACAAGUUGCUUUCAGUUUUGGACCUGACACACGUUGUCAUCUUCAACCAGUCACAGCACCAUGAUGAUAAGCAUCGCUUUGAUCUGGGGAGUGGUGGUGGGAUUCUGCUGCCUUCUGUGGCUUGCCCUGGGGAUAAGACGGAGGCAGCCCGGUGAGCCUGCUGUUGAAAACGGUUACAUCCCCUACCUGGGAUGUGCUCUGCAGUUUGGAGCCAACCCUCUGCAGUUCCUCCUCAGCCGCCAGAAGAAACACGGCCACAUUUUCACCUGCAAGAUUGCCGGCCAGUUCAUCCACUUCCUGUGUGAUCCCUUCUCCUACCAUUCUGUCAUCAGACAGGGGAGACAUCUGGACUGGAAGAAGUUCCACUUUGCUACAUCUGUUAAGGCUUUUGGCCAUGACAGCUUUGACCCUCGUCAUGGCUACACAACAGAAAACCUCCAUCAAACCUUCCUGAAGACCCUGCAGGGUGAAGCUCUGCCCUCCCUGAUAGAAGCAAUGAUGGGUCACCUGCAGGAUGUCAUGCUCAAGUCAGACGCCCUUAGCCCCAGCAAAGAUCACUGGCAGGUGGAUGGCAUCUUUGCUUUCUGCUACAAGGUCAUGUUCGAGUCUGGAUACCUGACUCUGUUCGGUAAAGAGCUUGGAGAUGACAAGUCCCAGGCCCACCAGGCUGCGCAGAAAGCUUUGGUCCUCAACACUUUGGAGAACUUCAAGGAAUUUGACAAGAUUUUCCCAGCACUCGUGGCUGGCCUGCCCAUCCAUGUGUUUCACAGUGCCUACAGUGCCAGAGAGAAUUUAGCAAGGACAAUGCACGUCGAAAACCUGUCGAAGAGGCACAACAUGUCUGACCUGAUCUCCAUGAGGAUGAUCCUGAAUGAUUCCUUGUCCACCUUCAACGAUGUGAGCAAAUCCCGAACCCACGUGGCUCUGCUCUGGGCUUCACAGGCCAACACGCUGCCCGCCACCUUUUGGAGCCUCUUUUACAUGAUCAGGAGUCCUGAUGCCAUGAAAGCAGCUCAGAAGGAGGUACAGAAGGUUUUGAGGGAGGCAGGUCAGACAGUCGACCCCAGCGACCCUGCCCUAAAUCUGACCAGAGACCAGUUAGACAACAUGCCUGUGAUGGACAGCAUCAUAAAGGAGGCCAUGCGUCUUUCCAGCGCUUCCAUGAACGUUCGAGUUGCUAAGGAGGACUUCCUGCUUCACCUGGACAACCAGGAAGCUUAUCACAUCAGAAAAGAUGAUGUCAUAGCCUUGUACCCCCCCCUGCUCCACUACGAUCCAGACAUCUAUGAGGAUCCAUACGAGUACAAGUUUGACCGUUUUCUGGACGAGAAAGGUCAGGAGAAAACCACGUUUCACUGCAACGGCCGCCGGCUGCGGUACUUCUACAUGCCCUUUGGCUCCGGCGUCACAAAAUGCCCCGGAAGAUUUUUUGCUAUAUGUGAGAUUAAGCAGUUUUUGACUUUGAUGCUGUCGUACUUUGACAUGGAACUACUAGACCCUGCCAUCAGAGUUCCUCCUCUCGACCAGUCUCGUGCUGGUCUGGGAAUCUUGCAGCCUACCUAUGACGUGGACUUCAGGUAUAAACUGAAGGAGACCCAUUAGGCUCAGCCGCAGUGGGCUGAAUGACUGAAUUACUGGUUGUAAAUAGUGUAAAUGUAGUUAUUCUGUGUGUAAAUAGAAGUAUUUUUUCAUAUGUUAGACUGUGAUGCUAAAGAACAUGCUCUGUAGAUAGAAGACGGACACGUACACCGCUCAGAACAGCAGCCUGUUUCAUAAAAAAUAAUCACUUUUCUACAGAACAACAUCAGAAACGGCUAAACAUGUUUCAUCAACAGAACAUAGACUCUGGAUCACAACACCAACACCAGCUAUAAGAACUUAGCUGUUAGUCAUGUUUAUUUUUUAUGCACAGAUUCACAUCAUGAAGGAGAGAACAGAGUAAAUGUGUGGGCAUCACAACAUGUAUGUUUGCAACAUAGCGACCGUCCAUCUCUAGUCAGUAAACCUCACCAGAUCACUGGAGUAACUGCAUCCUUUUUUUAAAUUAGGAAUUUAAUUUCAUGGUUUUUCUUACAAAAAGCUCCUGACCACUCCCAGUAAUCAGACACAAUCACAGAUAACUCCAGCAGAAGGUGUCUCGGAGGCUUUCAGUGAGCAUGUUCUGGACUGAAAAGUCAUUUAAGCUAAAGGUAUGGAGUUCCAUCUGUGCCAAAACGUUUUGUAAAUAAUUGUUUUCUGUUCAUGUCCACCAUAUUUAUGUCAUUCAUUCUGCUGUCUUUCACUGUGACUUGUUAAUAUAAACAAACAAAAAUCUA